AUGUCGACCAUUUAUAGAGCCAGGAUCGAAUGUGACACCAUCAGUGGGAUUGUGAUAGAUCCUGACUCAAUGAUCACAAUGUCAGAGGACGGUGAAUGGUUCAACCAAGAAGAUAUCGCCACUAUGUUCUCCAUUGACUUCUGGAUGGAGCAUUCGAAAAUGUCACGCAAGAUCGACCAGAUGAAAAUGACCAAAGAAGAAGUGGCUAUUCUCAAAGCGCUGACUGUCAUAUCACCAGAUCGUUGCAUCAUUGCUGAGACAUCUAAAGUAUCGAAAAUCCAAGACACGCUGCUGAGGUGCCUAAGUUAUCAAGUGAGCAAGAGUUAUAAACGCCCGGCUGUGAGACUGGGACAAUUGUUCGCACUUCUGACUUCCCUCAGAUCGAUAACGGAAGCGGGUACGAAAGAAAUUAAGAAAAUGUUUAUUGAGUUUCCAUCUAUGACAAAAGGAAGUGUAACUGAGGAAGUAAUGGAUGAACAAAUAUAGGAUCUGGCACGAGUUGUC